CCGGCAGUUUCCGGGACCAGCAGGAGCUGCGGGAGCCGCUGCGGUGCCGAAAGAAGCCGGGAAGGACCCUUCGAAAGGCCGCCCCGCCCCCCGCCGCCUCCGCUGCGAGUCCUGUUGAUCUCAAUGGAUAAAAUGAAUAGAAGGCAGGGAUUCUUGAUUAUUCAGGGCUUGUGAAUUACCUCAACUUCAUAGCAAGCACUGGUACAGAAGUGUAGGUUGAAGACUUCUCUUUGCAGUGCAUGGACGGAAAGCCAAUGCGCAGGUGUGCCAGUAAUCGAGCAGGCGAAACAGGAAUGGAUGUAACGAGCCGCUGCACUCUCGGAGAUCCCAACAAGCUCCCGGAAGGAGUGCCACAGCCUGCUCGCAUGCCUUACAUCUCAGACAAGCACCCCCGGCAAACCCUGGAGGUCAUAAACCUGUUGCGGAAGCACCGGGAGCUGUGCGAUGUCGUGUUGGUUGUGGGGGCCAAGAAGAUCUAUGCCCACCGGGUGAUCCUCUCAGCUUGCAGCCCUUACUUCCGAGCAAUGUUCACAGGGGAGCUUGCAGAGAGCCGGCAAACGGAGGUGGUAAUAAGAGAUAUUGAUGAAAGGGCCAUGGAGCUUCUGAUUGACUUUGCAUACACAUCCCAAAUCACAGUGGAAGAGGGCAACGUUCAGACGUUACUGCCAGCUGCCUGCCUCCUCCAGCUAGCUGAGAUCCAAGAGGCCUGCUGUGAGUUCCUGAAGAGACAGUUGGAUCCUUCCAAUUGCCUUGGCAUCCGAGCAUUUGCUGAUACUCACUCCUGCAGAGAACUUCUGAGAAUUGCUGACAAAUUCACCCAACAUAACUUUCAAGAGGUGAUGGAAAGUGAGGAGUUCAUGCUGCUUCCAGCCAAUCAGCUAAUUGACAUCAUAUCCAGUGAUGAACUGAAUGUCCGGAGUGAAGAGCAGGUGUUCAAUGCAGUGAUGGCCUGGGUGAAAUAUAGCAUUCAGGAGAGGCGACCUCAGCUCCCCCAGGUGUUGCAACAUGUGCGCCUGCCACUGCUCAGCCCAAAGUUCCUGGUAGGCACAGUUGGUUCUGACCCGCUCAUUAAAAGUGAUGAAGAAUGCAGGGACCUAGUGGAUGAAGCUAAGAACUAUUUGCUAUUGCCCCAAGAGCGACCACUGAUGCAGGGACCAAGAACUCGACCACGCAAGCCUAUCCGCUGUGGGGAAGUACUCUUUGCAGUGGGUGGCUGGUGCAGCGGGGAUGCCAUUUCCAGUGUUGAGCGCUACGACCCUCAAACAAAUGAGUGGCGGAUGGUGGCUUCCAUGAGCAAAAGGCGGUGUGGGGUUGGAGUCAGUGUCUUGGAUGACCUUCUGUACGCAGUGGGAGGCCAUGAUGGUUCUUCCUAUCUUAAUAGUGUGGAAAGAUACGACCCAAAGACGAAUCAGUGGAGCAGCGAUGUAGCACCCACCAGCACAUGCAGAACCAGUGUCGGAGUGGCAGUUCUUGGUGGCUACCUGUAUGCUGUGGGUGGACAGGAUGGUGUCUCCUGUCUUAACAUUGUUGAAAGGUAUGACCCAAAGGAGAACAAAUGGACUCGCGUGGCUUCCAUGAGUACAAGGCGCCUUGGGGUGGCUGUGGCUGUGCUAGGUGGCUUCCUUUAUGCUGUUGGAGGCUCUGAUGGGACGUCACCUCUGAACACAGUGGAGCGCUACAACCCUCAAGAGAACCGUUGGCACACAAUAGCACCCAUGGGCACUCGACGUAAGCACCUAGGUUGUGCGGUAUACCAAGACAUGAUCUAUGCUGUGGGAGGCAGAGAUGAUACAACUGAACUUAGCAGUGCUGAGCGAUACAACCCCAGAACGAACCAGUGGUCUCCUGUGGUAGCCAUGACGUCACGCCGUAGCGGGGUUGGCCUCGCUGUUGUGAAUGGACAGCUAAUGGCCGUAGGAGGCUUUGAUGGCACAACAUACUUGAAGACUAUUGAAGUGUUUGACCCAGAUGCCAACACAUGGAGACUGUAUGGAGGAAUGAACUAUCGUCGGCUUGGAGGUGGAGUGGGAGUUAUAAAAAUGACACACUGUGAAUCCCAUAUAUGGUAGAAAGCCAAUGGGAGAAAUCUCUCUCACUCCGAGUUCAUUCCUAUUGAAGCUGGUCAGCUUGGUGACUGCUGAGCUCUCCGAGGCUCUAGUAAAAUUGAGAUCACAUUUAUAUUAUUCGCUGGUGCCUCUUUCUAUGGGACUAUAAUGGAUGUUGCAAGCAUUUCCCCCUCCUCUACUAGUUACAGAAGACCAGACCAAGCAACCCCAGGAAUAUACCUGGAACACAUAGUUUUCAUUGUCUUUGUCUCCCCAUUCUAAUUUUACAAUCUUAAUGAAGAAACUGGAAUGUAAUGUUAUUCUGAGCAAUGAGGACCUCAAGUUGUAAAUGAGUUCCAUCAAAGACAGGAGCCUAAUGGGAGGCAGACAGUGCAUCUGCAUAGACAAAUGUUUCUCUGACACAUCAUUGGCCUUGUUUAAAGAGGUCAAGUCAAACAGGGCCCAUAUGCUCCAUUUAAAUGAAUUAGUUGCAUAAGAGCCCAUUCAUUUUAACAGGGCUUUGGCAGAAGAUGCUGCUGCUUGAAUUUUACAUUGCGUUGGGGAAAAUUCUAUAUAUGCUGAAACCUGUUCCAUUUCAUUUCUACCAUAUUGUUGAUAACAUGGUAAUGUGAUUUCCCCCCAAGUAAAAUUCUGAUGCAGCUUUCUAAAUGAAGCUGUUUGUAAGCUUUGGCCUAGUUAAAAUCUUUGGAAGCAAAGGGCUAGCCAACAAAAGGUUGCUGGCACUGUGGGUCAGUAAGAACAAAGAAUUUACAGUAGUGGAACAAGGAAUAGACACAUAAUAAUUUGAGCAAUCUACCCGGAAGUUCUCCAGCACAAGCCCCACUGAAGUCAAUGUGGAGCACAGCAGAAUUUGUGUGCUGCUUCUGUUCAUUUCUGGACAGGUUGUGGAGAAUGUCUUGGUAGAUAGUCUCCCUUUGUAUAGACUUCAUGCUCUAGUUGCAUCUGUUUUGUAUUUCUCCCUGUUAGUGCACUAGUAAUGUUAACUAGUGUGACUUAAGUACAUAUACAAGCCUGAUUUGGAUUAAAGAACAGAGUACUUUAUCAGAAAUAGGAUACCUAUUUUAUCUCCUAGUAAUAAUUUUUGCUUCAGAGCCACACACUGACCGUUAGUGAAAUGGUAUCUACAUCUAUCUAUAAUGAUGCCUGUCUUGUCAUUUUUGAAAGACAUGCUUAGAAUUAUAAGCAUUUUGAAUUUGUCUAAGCUGCCAUCUUUAUCCUUAAAGCAUAGUUCUAUCUAAAAACUCAGCUGUCACGGCUGUAGCUAAAUUAGUGGGCUGUAGGGGAAGGAUGGGAAACCUAUGUCACUGCAGUUCUUGGUUCUAGGCAACCCCAGCAAACAUGGCCAGUGAUGGCUGGAGCUAAAGAACAGUUAUGUAUAACUUGUGUCCUAUUCUUGUGGUGCCAAGGAAGCAGCAGAAAGGAAAGCUGAUCGCAGCAUUGGGUGAGGUGAGGUGAGUUGCAAGGAAUGCCAAUGAAAUUAAGUUUUACUGACAUUUCCUUUAAGAAGUAGCUUUAUUUGUAAACUUCAACAUCUUCAAUGUCUUUGGGUGGGUGGGGGAACUUAACACAAGUGGAUUUUCAAGAAAGGGGAAAACCCUUCUUGGCCUGAGAGAUGGCAUUCUUGUGUUUACAUUUUGAACAUUUGCACCUUUACAAAGAAAAAGUAUUCUGUAAACAAUUGUUUACAUAUCAUUUGUGCUUUUUCUAGCAUGAGUUGAUUUGUAUAAAUAGUGUUACCUUAAUAAAAUCAUUUGGUGUGUUUUCUCAUGACUUAA